CACUGCCGCGGUGUUGUUGUUGUUCCUGCUUUGCUGUUACCGAACACAUGGGAUGGAGCGCAGUGUGUGAGUUUAUCGGACGCGGUAGUGCGUGACCUCCACCCGGAUCAGGAUGAGCGGCCUGCGGGCAAUCCUGGGCACCUCUGCGGUGAUCGUGUGCGUGGGGGCCGGCUGUGGGCUGUGGGCUUUGGUCGUUCCAGGAAAGGAGAAACAGAGAGAGUUCCACAAGAAUCUGCCUGAAUCAAACCCAGUGAGAAUGGAAGAGACGAGGAAGCGGAACGCUCUGGUGAUGCAGGCCAUCAAGGAGGCUGCUGAAACCAGCGAGAAUGUUGCGAGAGGGACUAGACACCCUGUGAAAUAAACAGGCCCUGCACCAUGAUAGCUAUGUACUGAAUGCUGCUGUGCUGCUGGACCACAAUAAAGGCACAUUAUUGUAUUGUUCUCUAAUGUCCAUCUGUAAUGUCUUUAUUGCACGUGACAAAGAUUUAUCAGUAGAUGUUAAAAUUGUUUAUUAAAACUCAUAACAUAA